AUGUGGGCACUCAAAAAGCUGAACUUGGAUUGGGGCGCCACAUUAAGUCAAAGAUUAAAUGAGAUGAAUGAGGUCGAUGAGUUUGGCCUGAAAGCAUAUGAGAGUUCAGCCUUGUACAAGGAGAAGAUGAAGAAGUUGUGCUUGUUCCCUGUCAAGCUCAAGUACAAGUGGACCAGGCCUUUCAAAGUGACUCAAGUAUUUCCACAUGGAGUGGUUAAACUCGAGAAUAAUGAAGGAAUGAGGUUCACGUUGAAUGGUCAACAGAUAAAGGUCUACUUGUGGAAGUUUGAAGAAAUUAAUAAAGUGAGAGAGAAAUGGGAUCUCGAUGUAGUCUGA